AUGGCUUCGGUUUUCGGGCUCAACCUGGUCUGCAGGGAUCGAAGGGUGCAUGUGACAUGGCUACAAAAAGGAGAAAAAGAGCUGAAAGAAAAACUUCGUAUAAGGGUAUUUCGGACUUUUUGGUUGGGUGCUUGUACAGAAGACGAUUCCUUUCCGACCGGGGACGAGAAAGGAAAGAAAAAAACCUCAGACGACCCAGAAUUGUGUUGUUGGAGACACCCAGGAGCUAGAAAAAGGGGGCCGACGAUAUCACUGUCGGAGCAGUGCACAGACAACAAAAAGACAAGGAAAGGCACUCAUCUUUUAAUCAUAUCCGGGAUGCAGAAAACGACAUGUCAGAGUAUGUUUUGUGUAUACUGUGGCCGCGAAACACUUCAUGGUGCAAAGUUUCUCGUUACCGUUGGCUUAGUUCAGAAAGAGCCUCAUAAGCCUGAGUCCCAUCGCUCAUGUAUACAUGUGGAAUUUGGCAUCUUUGCAACUGGUAUCAGAUGAGAAACUGUAGACCCCGGGGGUGUUUAUGCAGAUAUAUUACAGUUGAAGAAGCUGAAAUUUUGGGUCAACCUUUACAUUUGCUGUUCUCAUUUACACUGACUGUACUGAUGGGACAUUCCUUGGAAGCUCAUUGUCACCUCCUUUUCCUGGUCCUUGCACACUCAGAACAGCAUUGGCACCUAAAAAGUGUGAUUUGUUGAACCCACCUAAAACGUGGUCCAAGUCCAAUCGGCAGAAUUCACAGAGGUGUGUUCCCUCUGGAUGAAGGUAAAAUGCGGAAAUCAAUAUGCAAGGUGGUCUUUUGGCAUGUCAGUACUAUAUUCAUAAAGCUCUUGAUAAGUUCUCUUCUAUGACAUGUAUACAGUAUACUGCAACUUGCUAUGAAAAUAGUUGACUGGAAUUUUUUUUUUUUUUUUUUUACCCUUGCGAUUGAUUAAAUGGGUCAAGGACCCUGAUUAAAUACUGCAACUUGCUAAAUUCGUUUUGGCAUAUAAUUAGAAAGACCGAGGA